GUUUUAAAUCCACACGUGGUCCGGGUGGGUCUUGGGCUUGUUUAGCAGCGCGUACGCAGCCAGAAACUUCCGAGCAACUCAUGCCAGCGAGUUGCCCACGUCUAUCGCCGCAGGGGCAGACGGGAAUCGAAAGAAGGAUUUGAUCGCUCAGCAAAAAUGCCUUCUCACCAUCUGAACCAGUUCGCCGACCUGGAAGAGAUGAUGUGCAAGCAUUUACUAAAUCUGGACCUGAGGGAGCCGAACAGACAACAACCACCCCUCAGCCUGGCCAUGAGAACACCGGGUCACAUCAGUGAACCGUACAGAAACGCCUCGUUUUCUCUCUCCUGCCUCCCCACUGAUCCUUCAGCCAGUGUUUUUCAGACCUCCAGCCAAUGGGGGCAGCAGUCAGAAGGCCUUCUACCCUCCGAGCUUGGUAGUUCCGCGCAGUGGGGCAAGGCAGGCUUCCUUUCCCAGCGCUCCGUCAGCUUGGUGGAGAACAGCAGCAGCAGCACCACGGGAGCGAGCCUAGGGUGGCCCGGGACCGAAGUCAACGCCCUGAGUGACCUCAGCCCCACUGCACUGAACUCUAGCUCCUCAUCCGCCUCCUCGUCGUCGGUCUCCUCCUCCUCGCGCUAUAAAACUGAACUGUGUCGAUCUUUCUCUGAGAACGGCUUGUGCAAGUACGGCGGGAAGUGCCAGUUUGCCCACGGGCCAGAAGAGCUGCGCGAUCUCAGCAGACAUCCGAAAUAUAAGACGGAGCCGUGUCGUACCUUUCACACCAUCGGCUUCUGCCCCUAUGGGAUCCGCUGUCACUUUGUCCACAACAACGAGGAGGAAAAGAAACACUCCUUCUCCCGUUCCUCGUCGUUUUCCUCCUCCUCGAGCAUUCCCAACCAGCCGCCUUCCUCCUCCCGCUCACACAGACCUCCUCUGGUGAAGCAGAGCUUCAGCUUUGCUGGGUUCCCCUCUGCUCCUCAGCUGACCCUCCAGCCCACCCUCGCCGGUCACGCUCCUCCUGCCAACGCCUCCUUCACACGCGCCCCGUCGGCCUCUCCCCCCGCCUGCGCCGACAUUACCGACCUCCUCUCUCACGCCUUUCUGGAGAUGGACUCUGCCUUCGAGGCCUCUCCGGCCCACCAGUACCAGCCCCCCAUUGGCCAGGCCCCAUCAGCCGACCCUCGCUCUCCAUUCCUGCCUUCCCCUGACUCUGGCUACUCCCCGUGUGGGCUGUCUCCCACCGGCUCCCCUUCCCUGAGGCAGAGCCCCGGUGCCGCUGGGGUCGUCUCGGGUCCACUGGGUGCCCGAUCUCUGUCCUACACCUCUCUGUCGGACCAGGACCAGGAGGGAAGCAGCUCCGCCAGCUCACUCAGCGGCUCUGAAUCCUGCGGUGGCAAUAGUGACGCCAAUGGCAGACGUCUGGCGGUGUUCAGUCAGCUCUCUGUACCUGAGGACGCUAUCGGGUUCUGCCUCUAGGCUGAGUCACAAAAACAUUUACAUUCUCAUACAUGCAGACACAGCAUACACGCACACACGUUCACGGACACACUAGACACUUGUAAAUACACUCCUCGUAACACAGAGCUGACUGACACUGCAGACCUUGUUUGCACCUGUGUGGCAUCAAAGGAAACGAAGGACUUCGUGACGUAUUGAAAACACUUUCUCCUUUUCAAUUUACGUGGUUAAAACGUCAGCAGUCUGAGUACAAGCCACGGCGACGCUGAACCGAAAGUGUGUGUAGCCACAAAAGCAGAGUGCAUAUCAAGGUAGAUCUUUUAAGCCUUUGAUGCUCUAUGAAAACAGUACGACAACACAGCAAAUUGCGACAAAGAUAUCGCGAUUACAGUGCGAUUGGCCCAGCGACGCAGUUAAUUUAUGAAUCCGUGUCAGCAUCAGAAGACUAUGGGGAAAAACCAAAGACGUCUCUUGUUUGCUAACUGUUCGAUUAUGGUGGGACAAACACACAGCCCAUCCUUUAAUGUUGUCAAUAAGCUAGUGAAUUUUUUUUUUCUCCUCCCUCAUAACUGUAAAGUCCGAGGUUCUGUUAGAAUCGCUGGCCUCAAAGCCGAAUGUUACGUUUUUUUUAAACGUUGAGCCUGUAGCGUUGUUUAACAGGUCCUGUUCAUUGUUGAACUGAGAUUUGCUGGUUUGUUUGAAGAGAUGUGAGCGGGGGUGAGGGUCUCUAUGGGUUCUCUAUGGGAGGAUGACGAGAGUUUGGAGAAACGCAAAGCCCAGGUGGGACACGCACGUUCGUGAUUUGUUGUUAAAAGGUGCAAUUUGUGCCAUUUGGAGUUUAGCGGCAGAGAAAGAGAGCACUGAAUGAUAUCCAUCGUCACCGGGAGUGACGGGUAGACGUAAAAAGAGGUACGAUCACACUGUUUUGUUAGUUGUGUAACCUGAAAUGAUGUGAGCAUAGCUUUUGUGGCAACGCAGCAAGCGAAUCCUAAAAGUUUUGCAAAUCAGCAUUUUAAAUUUGAUUCUUAAACAUUCCAAUUAGUGGUCUUUCUUUCUCUCUCUCUUUCACCCACAAGAGCACAGGUUUUGAUGACCUUUCAUGUUUUGUAGACUCUCACCCCUCCUCCUUGCACCCCUCUGUCAUUCAGUAUUAAUUCUUCCUGUUAUGCCCUUGUACUAUUAUGAAUGUGCAGCGUCCUGAUUGCGCCCACGUGCACCGUGCUCACAGGUCUGCAUGCCUAACUGAGGCUAGAUGCAGCAUAGAGUAGGGUUAGGUUAGGGUAUGUACCCUUAGUGUUUUAGAACCGUCACUUGGCCAUUUCGUGAGUUUAUGUGACGUAGUUGGUUAGGAGAGCAGACGCUGCGCUGUUCUGUGUCUAUUUAAAAUCGCCUUUUCAUCAACAUGUUUGAGGCCUGUUUAGUGGUAAAGGUGAUAAUCUUUAGUAAAUUAAUUUCUUUAAUUUAUUUUAACGUAUUUAUAGAGGACUUUGAGUUGUUAAUGCUUGUAUCAAGUUUAAUAUAUUUUUGCCUUCUUUUGCUUUUUGUACUGCAAAUAAAGAUUUGUGUGUUGUUUUUUUUUUAAAAAAAAAAAAAAGACUUUCCUUGUUUUGCUGAAUCAUCUCGAUGGGGUUUCAAGUAAAGCAAUGCAGAAGUUGCAACACUUGCGUUCAGUUCUGCUGUAAUAUAAUUGCGUCAGUGUUCCGAUGUGAGCUUCUCAAUGCGUAGAACAGGAAGGAAGCAUGUGAGCAGGAAGCCAGCAAACUGCCAUUUCUGGUGUGAGUUUUGAUGACUUUAGCCCCACUGCACUGGUGAGGUUAACUGCAGCUACGGGUGAUGAGUUAUUUCAUGAAAAUCGGUAUGAUUUCAGCUUUUCAUGAAUUAAAGGCUGAGCUUAGUCACAGCGAUCGGUUAACUCUUUGACUUCCUAUUCAGUUGUUUUAAGCUCAGAUGCAGUUGAUUUAUUUCAGACAUUUAAUUCUUCAGUUCAAAAUAAAUUACAGUAAAACGUGCUUUUCUGUGGAAUAAAAUCACAUCCGUUAACAAAGUAGUUCAUAUCUAACGGGUUAAUCUGCACCAA